GUGAUGUAGUGGGAAACCGCCGCCGCCGCCGCCGUUGCCGCCGCCGAGUACCCAAUCGAGCGCGACCGCUUCUACGGCGGCCGUCAUCGUCAGUCGUGAGUGUACGUUCAUCGGCUUUAGGUCAUUCGCAUUUCAAAAUCUAUGUGUUCUACAUAUGUUAUUUUACCUGUAUAUCUCGUUCGUAGUUGGUGUCAGUUUUUUUGUGAUUCAUAUUUUUUGUUGUCCAUGAAAGUGCCGCUCAAACAAUGGUUAGUGAAGUCUUGAGGCAGGAUAGCAUACUGUUCGUUGAGGAUUCUCACAAUCAAGCUGCAUUCAAACGCGAUGGGCUCGCAAGUGGACCAAACAGUGUGCGGCCGGUCAGAAGGCCGAUUAAAGCUGACUUCUCUAUAUUGCAGAUGAAUGAUAGCGACGAUGAUGAUGAUGAGAAUGAUUCCCAACCUGAAUCGCCAAGAGAUAGCGUCAUCAAUACCACAAACCCAUGGAAACGCACAGCAUACGAUCUUGCGACGCAAUGCUCUUCAAGGCGUGCAUCAAUGCGACGUCAUACGAUCGUGGCUUGCGGGGGUUGCGAUCUGUUGGCUGAUGCUCACACAGAAAACGUUAGCCAGACCAACCAGCCACCAGCAGAUUCUUCUUCCAUUUGCACCGAUGGUGUCACCAGUUGUAGCAGUGUAGCCGAUCAACGCGAUAGGAUGUCUUGGUCGACGACUUCGCUUCAAGAUGAGCUAAUGCCAUCGCAGUGGCAAGAUUCAAUAUCUCUGGAUGAGCGUUUGUCGUUAACUCUGGAGGAAAUUGUUCACAUCCGUUCUGUGUUAACCAAGGCUGAACUAGAAGGUUUGCCAGUCGAAUGCAGAGUAAAAGCCGAUGCAGAAAAACGAAAGGUUUGUUUCUUGUGUCUAAAGACAAGAUUUGGAAUAUUCGGUCCAUGGGGUCAGAGGUGCAAGUUGUGCAAAAGAACCGUCUGCGCUAAAUGCUACUCAAAGAUGCGAAUACCAACAGAACAUUUUCGAAAUGUCCCAGUAGUGCUUUUGAGCCCUUCGGUUUGUAGCCCUUGCACGUCAUUGCCUCCAACGGCACCGUGCUCGCCUCACAGGAAUCCAGCAGGAAUGCCAAUGGACGACUCAUUCCCGAGGCGCCUGAUGGCCCGAUUGUUACUUCCUGAAAACGAAAGAAAGUUCCAAGAUAGAAUCGGUAGUGCGCCAUGCAGUCCGAAUAGGGGUAGAAAUUCUGCUCCAGAUUCUAUGACCUGUUCGACAGAUGAGUGCCCGAAAUCAACGAGCCCUAGGCAUCAGACCAUGGAUCAAAGAUUUAGGUCUCACACCAGUGCUCGUUCCGGCACGACCGAAAGUCUUAGAGGCGAAUUGAUGAUCGUCUGCCACGACUGUCGUAGCCUGGUCAUAGAAAUUAUCAGGGCUUCUCGUCUGACCAGAUCAGCCCUUAGAAACCACACACUGCGAAAUCUCACUUUGGAUUUAACGCCCAUUUACAAUACGGCCGACAACAACACGUAGUUGGGGGUUGCGUUCUAAUUAUAUCUUAAUGAAACUAAA